GAUCGGGCAACGGCGUGGACGGCACCGACGCUGCUUGGACCAGAACAUAAAUAUAGAGUACGACUAUUUGACCUUCAAACAUCGAAACCAUUACUUGCUUCUACCAACCUCGCUCCUCUGUGCCAUUUCAAUACGGUCUUAAUGUCGCAAAUCAGUCUCAACAUACCGCUAAUCCGGAAUGCCACACCCAAAGAACUUGUGUCAUAUCUCGACGAACUUAGACAAAGUCAUCCAGACGUUAGCGUUUGCCAGUCACUCUUCGAAGCCGUAGAUCACGAGUACUUGUCGCCGCUCAUCUUUAAUGCCUUUAUUCCCCGGGUUUCAUGUCUUGAUGCUAUCGUAUUAUGCAUUCACCGCGGGCCAUCACGAGUAAUUCGGAAACAAGGCAUCAAACAAUUCGGCAAAGAACUAGCUAAGCUUGAGCAAUGGGAAUCAGCGUGGAGAGCGAUAGGCGGAACGAAUGGGCUCAUCGACCUCUUCGCAAGGGUAUCCGUCGCAGAGGUGAAGGAACUUGCUAGAGCAAUUGGAUCCUGCCAUCGCCCUCACCACAAGGCUGCUGCGCGAGAAAGAGCUAUUGAGGGCUUGCUACAUGCACUGCUUCCAUCGCACUAUCCUGGAUCGAAGCUCCAAACACAUGACAAGCGUCCCAUUACACACCACUAUGCUCGGAUAGUACCCGCAUGUUCAGUUGAGUUUGUGAAGGAGCUACUUGACGCCAAAGAUCAGUCAAAUCCUCUUUAUGAGCAUCUGUCUUCAGGCCGUUUGAUAAAGACCCACGGCGAGCUGCUGCAGAAGCGAGUAUUCGAUGGUAUCUUUGGCCCUGGGAAAGAGGACGCCCAUAUUCGCCAAUAUCUCGAGGCUUUCGUAUAUAGCCAACCGCCGAAGCCUAGCCCAAAUUCGAACGUGUCAGUAUCGAUGGCCUUUGCGACUAAAAUAUUGCAAUCUAGGCUAGAGGAUAUUAAAAACGAUAAGCAUUGGCCCUCCCAGGUCUCCGAAGCUGACGUGCUAUUCUCCCUUCUCAAUCGUUCACUUAAGAAACGACUGUCUGAGGCUAAAUUACGAGAUGUCAUCAUGCUAGGGCUGAAGUUACUAGAGGCCAAGCCAGGACUCAAGUCUACGUUUCAGUCGAAGGGCAUGUGGCUCAAGUUGAGUACCCGUUGGAAGAGAGCACCAGAACUCUACGAAGACUCCAUUACGCUCGCUCUCCGUCUGCAGUUAGGAGGGACUCAGAAGACAAUUGGCAAAGACUUUUUAAGCACGUCAAAUACCAUACGGCUGAAGCAAGAGUUGAGAUGGCCGCUACUUCGACUGUACUGUCUCCAUGUUCCGAAGAAAGCAGUCGACUUAAAUGCAGAUAGUGACUUCACCCCACUUGCGGAGCAGCCGUGGCCAAGCGAUGUCUUUUACCAGCUAAGCAAGGACCAAGCAGUUAGACUACUGAAUGGUCUUUAUCGUGCGAACCCGGGGUAUAGCUUUUUGCAGACGCCGGCUAAAACGACGAUUCUUGAUAAUCACGGGAUCGCGCCACAGAAGAACUUUAAUGCUGUUCUUCUUUUGACUUUACUUCAGCGUAGCUCUGAAGAAAUACAGAUGAGGGCCAAGAGUGCUGUUGAUGAACUUCGAAAGAAGUCAGCUAUUGCAAGAGAGCAGCCGGAUAGAGCAAAGCUUGCAAUAUCAGCUUCUGCCUAUGCCAUCGCAAGCGGUAGUCUUGAUCUGUAUGGCGAGACCAUCACAUGGCAACAGCGGUUUGUUCGUGAUCCUCUUUCAGUGAAAAUGAUCUUUGCUCAUGAUGCUGUCAUGACUGCCGAGGGGAUAGAGCUUCUCUCUGGGAUACCGAAACCAUUGCCAGACGGCAUUACAUUGGGCGAAGUGGCAUUAAGCGUGGAAAAAGCUAACGAGAUAUUGAAAACUUUUCACGAGAUUAUGCUCAUAGCGAAACGAGAGCCAUCAUUCCAAAAACGGGAUUGGGGUGACGUGACAUCGUUGUUCGGUGCUUCAAUCAGUCUCCGUGUUGAGCGCGCGGCAGCCCUUCAGAAGCAUCUGCGUGACUCUGAGUCCGAUGUGUAUACUGCAAUAUGGGAUGGUACUUUAACCAUGCUUGGGAACGUAGAUGUUGCUUUCCUCAAGCAAUCCUAUCAGCUGAUCAAACGUCUUCUCAGCGCCCUCCCUCCAACAUCUCUCGCCGCUACAUCAAAGGCCAUGCUCGAAGCCGGAAAUGAGGCGCGUAUGCGGAAAGAACGCCAGUCGGGCGACGAUACUAUAGAGCUUCUGUCUUAUGAGUUGCUACUGCAGCUCACAAAGAGUGAGAAGCCAGAACUGGCACAACAGCUUGUCCUUCGAACAAUACUAGAUCGGCCAGAUGCAAGCUCUUGGCAUAGACUAUUUCUGUCGGUUCCAUUCAUGAAGUCCUUGUCUGCAAAAGACGCCCACCAAAUGCUUCUCGCUUUUGCUACUGCAAUUGGCGAAAAGCUGGAAGAGCAAUCGUACGUCAAAGUCGGCGAGGCUCAACCACCCAAGUCAGCGCCGCCUACAUCACUUGUUAAGGUCACGACAGUCAAGCAUCUAGCUCAGCUCCUCGAUAACGCCGAGUUCAUCUCCGCGGACGCGGCAGUGGAAGUAUUAGUGGAGCUGUUCAAAGCUGGGACACACAGAGAUAUCCGACUCGCCACGCUAGGCAGUCUGCUGAGCUUGCUAAACAAUCUGUGCAGCGGCGCAGACGAGAACUGGAGAUCUAAUUCUUUAGUCGAAAAAAUUAUGGAAGCGCUAGAAACGGUCAUACCCAUUGUUGGAAGUAUCAAUGAGCGUCGCCCACUGCGGGAGGAGGACUGGUUGGAAGCUAGAGAAACGGGAAGUCUACCAGACGUAUCUGACAUCUCUGAUGGCUUGCCACCCCUGCUAAGUGCUACACUUACAGCAGCCUGUUCGCCGCAGUAUCCCGGGUUGAAGAAGUUAAGGGCUGAAUUUGUGACGCGGUAUCUACUGCCUGCUCUCAGGCUUUCCCAGAGAGAACACCAGAAGUGGGUUGCUUUAUUUCUAGCUAAGCACAAAGCGAACCUCACUGUGGACGAUCUUCCUCCGACGCCAAUCACCCCAAAAGUAUGGGAAGUUCUCGUAGGAAACUACCUCGAGUUAAUUCCUACCAUGGUGUUAGAUGAUUUCAACAAGCAUAUUGUCAUGACUAUCGCCCCGUCUGCAGACUUGAGAGACUUCAACAAGUCGCUUAGAAAGAACAUUGAUCUUUGCAACACCCCGGAAGUUCAACACUGGCUGUCUGUCUUUGGGCAGAGUAUGGAUCAGUACCGUACUUCUGGAACUCAAACGCUAGUGAGCAUGAUCCAUAAUGCCAAGCCAGUUCCUUUAGUUCGCAACGGCAUAACUUUCGACAAAGUGCUAGAUAAAGUCCUUAUGCACGCAUCGCUGUUUCUUACUGAAUACGAAAACUACACUGAUAUUUGGAGCGGCUUCGUGAAAGAUCUUCGUCCUCCAACGUGGUUCACUUACCGACACCAGGGUGCGGAUUCAAUGCGUGCAGCGUCCUCGGCGUGGACUACAACUAGCAGACUCGUACUUGAGAAAGUCACUGCGUUAGUUUCCGACAAAAGGAAGAAGAAUACACGAGAACGCAAGCUCAGCCUUCUCCCUUCGACGACAAAACUCCGUCUUUGGCUCCUUCCUUAUCCCUGUUUUCCCGACGCUACGAAGGUCGACCAUCAGUGCAAAGCUUUUGCUAACGAGAUGGUGGAAUUGCUAAACGAUCUCCUCGCACCUGAAGCUAACUUGAUGCGCUGGCACGUAAUCGCCGAAGAUGCGUGUACCGUUUCUGACUUUCUCAAUACGGCCGAAGAACAGCUUCGUGUAGCUCUAUAUAUCGGAAAGCUUAUGGGAUCGUCGGAUAGAGCUGGGGAUCUGAGAUCAUCAGCCCUGAAUUUUGUAAGGAUUGCGGUGGCGAUGAAACUUAUUGGACAGGGGCGGGAAAUCCUAGAGAAGCCUAACAAGGGCGCAUUGUCUGAAGAUGUUGUCCGCGGCGUUGUGAAUAUGGUUGAAGAGUGGCAGAACCAUUUUGACGAAGGUAUUCGGGAGAAGGUGGCAGAGUGGAGGAGGGCACAGAGUGGUCUUUGGAAGAUUUUGAUGAGCAGAGAUUGAGCAAUUUCAAUAUAUGAGAUGUAGUAACUUUUCAAAGAAAUUAUGUUCUAGAUAUAGUGCAUAAGAAGAAAAUACCAUGCUG